AUGGCUUCAAAUGUGUAUCAAUAGAAUGAAAUUAACUUCAAUAAAAAAGUCGAGGAGUUUAAUAAGCUAUAUCAAUAAUAUUCCAUGACCUAGAGCAAAUAAAUCAUACUAGAAAAAAUGAAACUAACACAUGUUUAGGCUGAAUAAUAAGUAAUUCAAAUCAUCAAUGCAUUCUUUAGUUUAAAUUCAUGGAAAUCGAAUACAGUUCUUUCAACGAAUAGAAUAAAUAGGAAUUUGCAUAAAAAAUUAGAUAAAGUAAGAUGCUUUAUACAGAGUGCCAAAAAAAAUUAAGAGAUUUGUAAUAAGAUAUUGAUAAGCAACCAUAAUCUCAUCAUAGCAAUAUUAUUAAAAAAACAUAACCAUCAUAAAUAAGUGGAUUGAAUUCGGAUUUGCACUCCUAAGUUAAACAAUUACAUCAAUUGGAUUCUAGAUUACUUGAAGCAGAAGACACGUAGAUCAGUAUUUUAGAUAAUCUUCGUAGUUAGAAGGAGAAAUUAUUGAAGGCUAUCGAAGAUGUAAUAACAUUGUUGUUUAUCAUAAAUAGACUAAGGAAAUCUAGAGUGGAGUAAAAAUGACUUAGAGACAUGCAACCAUGAUUAAGAAUAGAGAAUCUUACAAUAAAGGGAUAUUGAUGACUUUGGUUUGCAUAUUAACAAUUGGAAAUAUACUUAUUAUAUACUAUAAAUUUGUUCAUUGAAAAU